AUGGCUGGUGGAGACAAAAAGCAGGCUGGUGGAGACAAAAAGCAGGCAGGUGGAGGCAAAAAGCAGGCAGGUGGAGGCAAAAAGCAGCCACGUGGAGACAAAAAGCAGCCACGUGGAGACAAAAAGCAGGCAGGUGGAGACAAAAAGCUGCCAGGUGGAGACAAAAAGCUGCCAGAUGGAGACAAAAAGCUGCCAGGGGGAGACAAAAAGCUACCCAAGAAGGCGCACACGAGCCGUAACCCGGUCCUGGCCCGGGGUAUCGGCCGUUACUCCCGCUCGGCUAUGUACGCUCGCCGCGCUAUGUACAAGAGGAAGACUAAGAUGACCGAGACUAAGGUGGAGAAGAAGCUCAAAACGAAACGCCGAACCGUAGUUGUCAAGACCGUUGGCGGUGACAAGAAUGGAGGCACCCGUACUGUCAAGCUUCGCAAGAUGCCCCGGUACUACCCCACAGAGGACGUCCCCCGCAAGUUGAGGAGCCACGGGAAGAAGCCCUUCAGCCAGCACAGGAGGCGGCUGCGCUCCUCCAUCACACCGGGCACCGUCCUCAUCCUGCUCACCGGCCGCCACCGCGGGAAGCGCGUGGUCUUCUUGAAGCAGCUCUCAAGUGGUCUCCUGCUUGUCACCGGCCCCCUUACCUUGAACAGAGUCCCCCUGCGCAGGAGUCAUCAGAAGUUUGUCAUUGCCACCACCACCAAAGUGGACAUCACCGAGAUGAAAAUCCCCAAAACGCUGAAUGACAUCUACUUCAAGAAGAAGAAGCUGAGGAGACCGCGUCACCAGGAGGGUGAAAUCUUUGACACAGAGAAGGAGAAGUACCAGCUGACUGAGCAGAGGAAGGUAGACCAAAAGGCUGUGGACUCUCAGCUCAUGCCACUUAUCAAGAAAGUUCCCCAGCUCCGAGGAUACCUGCGUGGUUCCUUCUGCCUUUCUAAUGGCGUAUUUCCUCACAAGCUGGUUUUCUAAGUGUGUUAAUAAAAGUUAAUCUUACACAGCUA